CUUCCCACUUCUAACGUCCGAGUUGCCUUGCCCCGGCCCUCCUCCUUUAUUCUAGUCGCCGUUUCCCAGCAACAUGUUUUGACGGCAUGGAAUUAUGCGGUGGCCCAAUAGUUGACACCUACCCUUCAUUGAACUUGCCGUUUGCAGAUAUUUCUUUCUUAAUGGCUGAAAAUUUGAUAAGGCAAAUUUCUGGGUGGUCUCGCUAGCUUGCUGGUAUCGCCAGAGUUUCAAAUGCUUGUUGCCGAUUCAUUUGAAGCGGCUCUGAUUUCUUUUGAUCUACGAAUCAGGAGAAGUUUUGUGAAGGGUUGCUUUUAAGUAUAAGCUAUGGAGUAAUUACAGAUUUCUAACCGAAGUUUUCAAACUGAUGGACAGAAUACAUAGAGUUUGGUUGCGUACAGAUACUGGAAUUUAUUUUUUGAACUCAGGCAGCAUAUGAAGGAAUUGUGACAUAAUAUUGGUGUAUGCUUCUGCAGUUGAACGUGAUAUGGUUAUGUUGGGAUACAUUAAAUAAAUUUCUAGAGAUGACGAAAGAAAUAGGUUUGAAUUGUUCGGUGCAGGAAGAUGAAAAGAGAGAGGAUAACUUCUUGAAAAUGAAUUCAAGGGACAGCGCAUAUGUGGGUGGUUCUAGACUUAAACCAAGUGUUUCACUUCUCCCUGGUCUUAUUGAUGAUGUUGCUCUAAAUUGUUUAGCAUGGGUUAGUAGAUCAGAUUAUGCUUCACUAUCGUGUAUAAAUAAAAGGUACAAUAAGCUGAUUAAGAGUGGGUAUUUAUAUGGUUUGAGGAAACAAUUGGGAAUUGAGGAGAAGGAGCAUUGGGUUUACUUGGUUUGUGAUCCUAGGGGUUGGGAGGCUUUUAACAACGCCAAAAAGAAAUGGAUGGCAUUACCUAAGAUGCCUUGUGAUGAAUGUUUUAACCAUGCAGACAAGGAGUCAUUGGCUGUGGACUGUGAACUGUUGGUUUUUGGUAGGGAGUUGCUGGAUUUUUCUAUUUGGAAGUAUAAUCUGAUUUUCCAGAGUUGGGUAAAGUGUCAGGGGAUGAACCAACCUCGUUGUUUGUUUGGUUCUGGUAGUCUUGGUUCAAUUGCUAUUGUAGCAGGCGGGAGUGAUAAAAAUGGAAAUGUUCUGAAAUCAGCUGAGUUGUAUGACUCUGCUUCAGGUGUAUGGGAGCUGUUACCUAAUAUGCAUACACCACGAAGACUUUGCUCUGGCUUUUUUAUGGAUGGGAAAUUCUAUGUGGUUGGUGGCAUGUCAAGUCCUGCUGUUUCAUUAACUUGUGGAGAGGAGUAUGAUCUGGAGACAAGAAGUUGGCGGAAAAUAGAGGGAAUGUACCCCUAUGUUAACAGAGCUGCUCAGGCGCCACCACUUGUGGCAGUUGUAGAUGACCAGUUAUAUGCAGUUGAGCAUGUAACCAACAUGGUGAAGAAAUAUGACAAGGACAAGAAUACCUGGAAUGACUUGGGAAGGCUUCCAGUCCGGGCAGAUUCGUCAAAUGGCUGGGGCCUAGCUUUCAAGGCUUGUGAUGAGCAGAUUCUGGUUGUGGGUGGUCAAAGAGGUCCAGAAGGUGAAGCUGUUGUUCUCAACUCAUGGUGUCCUAAGUCAGGUGCCAAAAACGGAACCUUAGAUUGGCAGGUUCUUGCCGUGAAGGAGCAUGUUGGAGUGUUUGUGUACAAUUGUGCUGUUAUGGGAUGUUGAUAUACUUAGAUUGACUCAACAGGAGCUGUUGGUAUCUGACUUAACCUUGGAGGGUGCUUCCAUGUGCAUUCGUUUCAUUUAUCAAGCUGAAUUGUUGCUGGGGGUUGGAUUUAUUUAGUGGAGAAUUUGGUUUUGUAUUUUUAACAUGGCUUUGGAUGUGUUUCUCACUUUCAUAAUCCAUCCUUCUAUUAAAUUUCUUCUGAGAUCACUCUGUAGGUUUACAUCUACAUCUCCUGUCAUAUUUUUCCUUUUCUCUUCGGUCAUACCCAUCUAUGUAAACCAAUAAUUCAUAGAGUUUUGUUGUUUAAUGAUGUGAUGCUCAUUGUUUCUUGCUU